AGCGCGCGCGCGUGUGCGUCAGUUGGUCCCAGCGCGAGCUUCCCGCCGGUCGCAGCAUGGAGGAGUUGGCCAGAGAGAGCAUCAGCCUGCUGGCCUCGUCCUCGUCGGCCAAGCCGCCGCUGGACGUGUCCGCCGGGCCGCGGCUCGGCUCCGUGGGGGCCGUGUUCAUCAUGCUGAAGUCCGCUCUGGGCGCCGGGCUCCUGAACUUCCCCUGGGCCUUCGAGAGGGCCGGCGGCGUCCGCAGCGCCGUGACCGUCGAGCUGGUCUCCCUCGUGUUCCUGGUCAGCGGGCUGAUCAUCCUGGGCUACUCGUCGUCCAUCAGUGGCCAGUGCACCUACCAGGCGGUGGUGAAGCAGCUGUGCGGGCCGGCCAUCGGUCAGCUGUGCGAGGUGUGCUUCGUCUUCAACCUCUUCAUGAUCUCCGUGGCCUACCUCGUGAUCGUGGACGACCAGCUGGAGAAGUUGUGCGGCUCCCUGUACGAGCGGAUCACGGAGCUGCCGGCGUCGGAGCUGCCGUACCACUUCUACACCGACCACCACGUGGGGAUGGGGCUGCUCUGCUUCGUCCUCAUCCUGCCGCUGUCCAUCCCCAAAGAGAUCAGCAUCCAGAAAUACAUCAGUGGUCUCGGCACUCUGGCUGCAACCUACCUGACCAUCGCCAUCAUCAUCAAGUACCACACCACGCCCUCUGUCCUGGUUCACAUCGCGCCUCUCUACGCCAGUGGGAUCGGCUCCUGGUCCUCCAUGUUCAGCGUCAUCCCGACCAUCUGCUUCGGCUUCCAGUGCCACGAGGCGUCCGUCACCAUCUACAGCAGCAUGGAGAACCAGCGCCUCUCUCACUGGGUCUUCAUCUCCGUGGUCUCCAUGGUCUUCUGUCUCGUCGUCUACUCGCUCAUAGGGGCUUAUGGGUACCUGACGUUUGGGAAGGACGUGAAGGCCGACAUUCUGAUGUCGUACACCGGCGACGACAUCCUGAUGCUCUUCGCCCGGCUGCUGUUUGGGAUCUCCAUCAUCACCAUCUACCCCAUCAUCCUGCUGCUGGGCCGGUCAGGCACACACACACACACACACACUCACACUCACACACCCCCACACACACACACACACACUCACACUCCUUCCCACCAGGUCAGUGAUCCAGGACCCCCUGCUGAGCCGGCAGCGGAGGCGGGGCGGCGCGGCGACGGCGGCGUUCGAGAGCCGCAGCCGCUACGCGCUGACGGUGCUGUGGGUCACGACGACGCUGCUCAUCGCCACCUACGUGCCGGACAUCAGCAAGGUCAUCAGCGUCAUCGGAGGGAUCAGCGCCUUCUUCAUCUUCAUCUUCCCAGGGCUCUGCUUGAUGUCCGCCAUGCAGUCGCAGCCGGUCUCCUGGAGAACCAGAGUGGUGCUCACGCUGUGGGGAGCUGUGACGCUGCUCUGCGGGGCGUUCAUCUUCGGCCAGAGCACCGCCAUCGCCGUCAUGCAGGUCCUCGGGAAGAUCUGACCGCCCCUCCGCCCUCACUGAGACGGAUGGAGACCACACCCCUUUCCUCUCCCCCGAAAGAGUCGCAUGGUGAAUUACGGUCGCAGUGGACUUUGAAAAAUGGACACGCCUCCUGAACUCUCAAGUGGCUUCUUUAAAGCGAGCAGCUAACGGAUCACUAUGGAGUAGACGCAUAAUAUUUUUUUUUUUAAAUAAAGUCCCUCCUUCCUCGUCGAGGCGUGUCGCUUCAUGCAGGUUAAUAGUUCCUGGUUUCACGAGCUGAGAACUUCUGACAUCCUCACGACCUUCUGAGGCUUGUUUUCUAUCGCAGUCGAAGGCGUAAACACAUCCAGGAUGCGGGUAGGAAAAGGAGCUUAAACUCAUCGUGGGCGGAAGACACGUUUGUUUCUUUUAUAAUCAAAUAAAAAAAGUUCUACACUUUAAUUGUGGCCACAGAUUUUGCGCCGAUAUGAAAUUAAAACACGGUGCAGUCGGUUACCACGAGAUUACGAGACGGAGCCUGAUUGGGAAUAUUUCUAAGAUUCCCGCUGGUGUCUCCAGUCGAGCCUCAAAGAGGAGCUUCCUACACCGGAGGGGGAGAACAGUCCCGACACGCUCUGCACCCAGGGGUGCUGGAAACGCCCGGAGCCGUGUCAGCAGGUCAGCGCGGUUGGCGAAAGCCCUCGGGCUCAAAACACGCGUGUUCUAACAUUACGCAAGACGGUAGCCUCACGUCUUACUGCUCGUAUUCGUGUUUUUUUUCUCACGGUUUUAUUAAAACUCAGUUCCAGGUUCUUUUGUGCGUUCCCCUCCGAUGUGGGCGGGGCUUAAUUGCGGCUCUCGGUUAGACUCGGGUCGACGGAGGUUCCUCGAGGAGGAUUUCUUGACGUCUCUGUGUAGCUGGACGCAAGUGUGUGAAUAAGUCAUGUUACUUCUUUAAAAAUAAUAAUAAAUCAAAGUCGUCACGUCAAUGGUGAAUGUGAAGUUAAUGAAAAGGUAAUUGAAUAAAAUAAUUUUUAUAUGAAAA